AUGAUUACACUCCUUUUAAUAUUUGUAUACACGUUCACAGACAUUGAUAAUACAGAGGCUUACAAUCUAUUUGAUGAAGAACAUAAACUAGUAGUUCCUACUGAGCUGUCUGCAGUUCCUGAUGUUACUCAUAUCUCUAAGAAGGAUUUAGCAGAUACCAUUGUAGGGAAAAUAUAUGGAGAAAUAAGAUACUUAUUAAGUCACUACUAUAUUUAUUUUUCUACAAACAGCCCAGAUUUUAAGAAGUGGUAUGAUUCUGACUUUUUUGAAAUGGAUGAUAAGCUUAAGUCUUCUAUUGUAAAUGGCUUAAAUACUAAUAUUAAAUCAAUAAGAGACCUUGACCCAUUCUGGCUUGAAACACAGGGUCCUUAUUUACAAGCCAGAGUGACAAAUCUAAGUAGCAUGAUUUUAAGACUUAAAAACUUAAUGGAUGCACAGAGCACAAAAUACAACAAUGUUAAAGACGACCAAGAAUUAAGCACACUAGCCCCAGAAGAUAGAAAUGUUUGGCUGUACAAUAAAGCCAUUUACAUUGUCGAAAAUUUAAAAGCAGGACUUAAAAACCACGAAGAUGGUAGAUUUCCCGAAGUGUACAAAAAUUUUAUUAAUGCAACCGUUGAAAAGAAGAAGAUUGAUGCCGUUUUUAGCAAAAUUGUAUUAAGCAUAUAA